AUGUACCACGCGGGUGUACCCUUCUCGGCUCGUUGGCGCCAUCCAUUGUGUACCGACUUCUCGUGGCGGGAACAACGAGCCAAUCACCGUGCAGUACCUGCCACUUCCCGCCACCAACACUCUCGAUUCCGCCCGAUGAAGCGCAAGUGCCGCGCUCCAUCCCCUACGUCCCCGCGCUCUCGUCGCAGUCGUUCCAGCAGCCCUGUCGACGAUGCCUCGUCACCUGCAGCUGUCCGCGACGUUACCACUGGCCGUAGCACAGUCGGCGUGUCCAGAGAACGGGCGCUGUACUUUGCCACUGGCGAACGCCCGUCAAGCGUCGCCCAACCACCUUCGGCCGACAAGGAAGCGUGGCCGGGCUACUUUGCCACCGCUCAGCAGCUCCAUGACAAUCGCCAGGCAGCUCAAGCCGCGCGCAAGCAGCGCCAAGACGUCGAACAGCUGCAGCAGAGCCAAACCUCGCCGUCUUCAAAGGUCGUCGAGUGGCACCCGAAACGCGUGCCUCGUGCGUCUGUUUUGACGGCAAACGACGUGGUGCAGAAGCUAAAAGACACGGCACUCGAGGUGUCUGGCGACGCACGUCGAACAGCUGCCGACGCUCGAGUACAUUGA